CGGGGGGCCGCCGCGUCCCCCCUCAGGCCGGCCGGGCCGCCGCCAUGUUGGCUUGAGGGGCGAUGCCAGGAGGCGGCGGAGGGAGGCCGAGGGGAGAGGAGCCGGGGGUCGGGGCGCAGGGGAGGUUAUGAGGGCGGCGAGGGCGUCAUCCUGAGGGGCGGCCUCGGCCCCUCCCCCGCGGCCCGGCCCCUCGCGCCGUCCCCUCCCGCUUCAUGAGGACGGGGAAGCGGCCGUGAAUCACCCCCGGGCCCGCCGGACCAGCGAGGACCGGCCCCCUCACACCUCCUGCUCCACCUGCCCCGGACGGUCCUCCCCGCUCCAGCCUCCCCGGAUCUCUCCAGAGGGGAACCGGACGCCGCCGAGAUGUCCAGCGCCGUCCCCGCCGACAUGAUAAAUUUGCGCCUCAUCUUGGUGAGUGGGAAGACGAAAGAGUUCCUGUUUUCUCCGAAUGACUCUGCGGCAGAUAUCGCCAAACACGUGUACGACAACUGGCCGAUGGACUGGGAAGAGGAACAAGUCAGCAGUCCAAACAUCCUGCGGCUUAUUUACCAAGGACGGUUUUUACACGGCAAUGUGACGCUAGGAGCAUUAAAACUCCCUUUUGGCAAGACAACAGUGAUGCAUCUGGUGGCUCGGGAGACGUUGCCAGAACCCAACUCUCAAGGUCAGAGGAAUCGCGAAAAGACUGGAGAGAGCAAUUGUUGUGUGAUCCUGUAAGCUGUGUCUGAUGUGUCGUCGAAGUGUGCUGUAAUAUAGUCUUUGUCUUUCCUGCUGCUGGAACAGAAGAGAGCCAGCACCGCUUUCGGCACCCUUAGGAGCAGAGCGCAGCCCGCCUGGAGAUCACGGACCUGAACUCUCUCAGGAACACUGUCGUCCUCCCACCGGGAAGAAGGGAGAGACCGGAACCUUUUCGAUUAUGAUUCCGUCCGUCCUACUUCCGGUGUCGAGGUUGAACAACCUCCUCCCACGUGGGUUUUCCAGCGCAUUCGAUCUCCGGGAAAGAGUUAGCGUUCUCUUCCGGGGCAGAAACCCUUCUGCUGCCCCAGAAAUCUUCACGACCAGAGUGAGCGAACCAAGCGUCCCGGACGCAAUUUGCACUAAAAAUGGCUGGCAUUUUUUUUUUUUUUUUAAAUCCCUCCCCUCCU